AUGGAACCUAUUUUGCAUAUCCAGGGCGAUGCUCAUUCGUCGUUAACCCCGUUGAUCUUCAUUCAUGCAGUGUCCGGCCUGGCAUGGCCUUAUAUGGCGCUUGGCAACCUCAGCAACACAAGUGACCCGGCCAGGUCCCGACCAGUCUAUGGAAUCUCAUCGCCAGUUUACAGUGUGAGUCGUUAUACUCUACCACCCUCUUUAGAAGAGAUAGCCAAGGAGUAUGUCGAACGUUUACAGUCGGAGCUCCAGCCACACGGCCCAUAUCUCCUAGGGGGCUGGUCCAUGGGCGGGAUGAUCGCUGUCAAGAUGGCGGAGAUCCUGCAAGCCAAGAAGGAGACCGUCCAGCAAGUCAUUCUCCUGGACUCCAUCAACCCGGAGAAAUAUCCGGCAUUCGUUAAUGAGGAAGAGCACCGCAUCAUCGCAGACGGAUUGUUCACAAACGUCUGUCAAGCGAUGGGAAUGGCAGAUCUUGCAGACAAUAGCGACGAUGAAGACAACCGAUCAGAUGCCUCGGAGGCCAGCGACGACGGGAGUACUAUGAGUGACGAGGAGGAUGACAACCUGCAUCGUCUGUUUUCAACAAUGCGCCGCCACAUUCAUGCCAGUACUCUCUCCAUUGCUAGCACCGAGCCCGGCAAGCUGCUACCGCCAAACAGCGUCUGUCAUACCAAUGUGACUUUAGUCAAAUGUACACAGUUGUCUGAAACUGUUCCCGCGCUAUUUUCUGCCCGGCAACGGUGCAUCCGAAGGUGUGCUCUGCACCCCACCCUGCAGUGGAGGCCGCAGAACUUCGAUCGAUUUCGCACGCUGUUGAUCGACGCACGGCACGAUAGUUUAUUCGAUGAGGAACACGUGGAGGUGGUGACCAGCAUGCUUAGACAAAUCCUAGAGUCUUGCUAG